AUGCAUCAAGUUUGUCACAAAAUACCUGCCCCUGGACUCUGUGGAGGAGUGAAGAAAUCCCGUCGCACGGAUGUGGAAGACCUGACUCCGAACCCUCGUAAACUGCUGCAGAUCGGGACAGAGCUGCGAAAACUCAACAAAGUCAUCAGCGACUUGACCCCCGUGAGCGAGCUGCCCAUCAACGCACGUCCCCGCUCCCGCAAAGAGAAGAACAAGCUAGCCUCCAGAGCUUGUCGUUUGAAAAAGAAGGCCCAGUAUGAAGCUAACAAGGUGAAACUCUGGGGUCUAAGCACUGAAUAUGGAUAG